UGGCAGCGGCAACCACGGCCGGUCGAUGAGGCCGUUUGAAUGGCCGAGGAUUUAUAUAUCUCUAUCGAGGAAGGAGAAGGAGGAUGAUUUUUUGGCGAUGAAGGGGACUAAGUUGCCACAGAGGCCUAAGAAGAGGGCUAAAAAUAUUGAUAAAAAUCUUCAGUAUGUAUUUCCAGGGAUGUGGCUUUCAGAUUUGACGAGAGGACGGUAUGAAGUGAGGGAGAAAAGAUGUGUGAAGAAGAAACGAAGGGGAUUAAAGGGCAUGGAGAGCAUGGAUAGUGAUUCUGAAUGAGUAUACAAAGUGUAUUUAUUAUGGUGAGAUGGAAAGGAAGGCUGAGGCUGAGGCGGAGAGUUAAAAAUUUGUAACCGUUUUAAAUCUAUAAAAGGAUCCCUCAGUUUCUUCUCUUCAAUUUCUCUGCUUAUCUUGUUUUUCUUUUAAUGGGUUACCAGGGUUUCAAUCUUUUUCCUUGAGUUAGAGUCGUUGGUUGGCUGCCCUCCGAAGUUUUUGAAGGGGAUGGAUGGAUUUCGAUGGCGGAGUUGAGCUAGAGCUUUAGGUUUUUUCUUGCUUGUACAUAACUUUCUUGUUUUAUCAUCAAAAUGAGGAAAAUAACAACUUUACAAAAAUAAUGAAUAUUUCAGCCUAUCGCUUUAUA